GAUGAGUUGUUUUUUUUUUUUGCUCCUCCCUAGCGUACCGAAAUAAAAAGUAACGUCUGAGUUUUGUUCAGUUUUUUCCAGGUAAGCCUAAUGCAACCUGUUGGCAAAACAUCUCCGAGGAAGGCAUGAGUACGGAGCAAUGGCUGCGAAGGUGAAGAGGGAGGAGGAAGAGUUCCCAGUGUCGGGACGGGACGGUGACCUGCUUGUCCGCCGCUGUGACGUCACGGUCAAGACGGAAUACGCGCCGCGGUUCGAUGACGUCGCCACCCAGUGUGAGUACGCGCCUCGGGGUGACGUCACGGUGAAGCCCGACCCCGCCGAUAACGGUGAUGCCGCGGUGAAAUCCGAACCCCCAGACCCAUGGGCUCAGGAGGGGCGCAGCGACGUCCUGGCGCUGAAGCUGGAGGUGGGAGACGAUGGCCCCGCCGUGUGGCCAGAGACUCCAGAACCGCCCGAGGUCACGGUGGAAAUCGAGAGCAACUGGGACUCCGACUCCCCGACAGACUUCCCCAGCAGGAGGAUCCAGAAGAAACCCAGCCGGCGAGCCGCUCGCAGGAGGCCGAUCCCAAAGGUCUACCACUGCGACGUCUGUGACAAGGACAUCAAGCACCUGCUUGGCUUCCAGGAGCACCAGCGGAUCCACACGGGCGAGCGCCCGUACGAGUGCCCGCAGUGCCACAAGCGCUUCACCCGCUGCGCCGACCUCAUCAAGCACCGGCUGGUGCACUCCGACCGGCGGCCCUACCCCUGCCCCACCUGCGGCAAGUGCUUCAAGCUGCAGGGCGACGUCACCAAGCACCAGGCCGUGCACUCGGCGGCCGAGCCCUUCCGCUGCGCCGCCUGCGGCAAGGCGUUCAAGCGCGCCGCCUGCCUGGUGAAGCACGAGCGCGUGCACGCGCAGGACAGCCCCUUCCGCUGCCCCACCUGCGGCCGCGGCUUCAAGUGGGAGGCGUCGCUGACGGAGCACGUGCGCACGCACACGGGCGAGCGGCCCUUCCGCUGCGGCGAGGAGGGCUGCGGCAAGAGCUUCGCCCACCGCUCCACCUUCCUGCAGCACGGCCGCACCCACCGCAACCAGCGCCAGUUCCGCUGCCCGCGCUGCCCGCGCGGCUUCAACCACCGCUCCAACCUGGUGAAGCACGAGCGCACCCACCGGGAGCCCGGCGGCCGCUGGGGCGGGGAGACCAGCGACAGCGAGAGCCGCCGCGGCGGCCAGGAGGACCGGGCGGUCUGAGCCGGGACUUGUGCCGCAGUGCAUCGUGGGUCGGUCUCGUUUCGCCUCUGUACAUCAGGGCCGUACAGUGGCGGCGGACAGCAGGGUAGGUUUGUCUCCUGAAACCCAAGACCCUCAGAGCUGUGGGUCUGGUGCCCCGGCGCUGGCUCCCUCUCUCCUUCCUGCCGUGAGCGGUAGUGUGCCCGAGGGGGUGCUGGGGUGGCACAGGCUGCCCUGCCUGCGACUGCAUGUAUAUGGCUGAUCCCUUAUCCAACCAUGCAGGGGCGGUGCGGUAGCUCUGUGGCUCAGGAUCUGCGCCUGUGGCUGGAAGGUUGCAGGUUCAAAUCCCGCGGCUGGCAGAGGAAUCCU